AUGUUUGUGACAAGCCAAGAUGUCAAUGCAAGCAAGGAUAUGCAAGGGAUGAAAAUAAAAAAUGCAUACCUAGAGAGAAAUGUCCAAAAAAGGGUACUACAUGCGCUCCCGGAAGGCGAAGUAUUCAAAUCAUGCGCCUCGGCAUGCGAGCCAACCUGCAAGGAUACUGGAGAUAUCGCCUGUACUCUUCAGUGUCUGCUAGGAAAAUGUCAGUGUAAAGAAGGAUAUGUCCGAGAUGAGAAUAAUACUUGCAUUCCCAAAGAAAAAUGCCCAAACUUGCCAAAUCCCUUCCCUCAAUUUUGUUGUAAUCCCUUUCACCCUUGUUGGAGAUGUCCUGUCGGACAGCAUUGUGUUGGAGAGCCAGGAGCACGCAGAUGCGUCCCAACCGUUUGCAAUUUAUUAUGUAGAAUUGGCUAUGAAUGCAAAAUAGUUAAUGGAAGUCCAACAUGUGUUCCAUCCCAAAACGGUUGUAGUCUGGUAAAGUGUCAAAGCGGUUAUGAAUGUAAAAUAAUUGAUGGAAAGCCUCAAUGUGUUCCAAAGUGCAGCAAGGGCGAGGAAUAUAAGGUGUGCCCAACUUUAUGUGAACCAAAAUGUGGACAAAAGCCUAUAUUCUGCCCAGCUGUAUGCUUGAAACCUCCACGAUGUCAAUGCUCGCCAGGAUAUGCCAGAACUUCAGAUGGCAUUUGUGUUCCUAGAAAUGAUUGCCCGAUAUCAGAGAAUGCUACGACAGAAGUCCCGCCUUCAACAACACCUCUAAUUUGUGGCGAAGGUGAACAAGAAGGUAGCUGUCCGUGUGAAGCUACAUGCGCAAGAAAGCAUCCAAUAUGCCCGUUACUUUGUCGUCCAGGGAAACAAUGUUUGUGUAAGCAAGGCUAUGCUCGUGUAGCAAAAGGAAAGUGUAUACCAAUUGAAGAAUGCCCUGAAGAGCCAACAACUCAAAAACCAUGCAUCCUGCCUUGCCCACUUGCCUUUUUUUGUAAACUUGUAAAUGGAGAACCAACUUGUGUUAGAGCCAAGGAUUGUAGUAGAAUAAAUUGUGGAAUUGCAUAUACAUGCAAAUUAAUUAAUGGAGAGGCAACAUGCGUUCCGUUGUAUGGUAAAAGUACAACAGAAACUUAUGGUAAUUUUAUUGUUUAA